AUGUCGACCCGGGAUUGUCAACAGAAUAUUCGUGUAGCUGUACGUUGUCGCCGUUCUCAUUCCAUUUUUACUGUUACAGUACAUAUAAAAGAGAUAAACGCCAUCACCAGUGAAGAAUUUCUGCGUAUUGGAAAAUUGCAUUUAGUGGACCUUGCUGGAAGUGAGAAUGUUGGGAGGUCAGGUGCUGUCGAAAAGCGAGCUCGUGAAGCUGGCUCGAUCAACCAAAGUUUACUGACUCUGGGUCGUGUAAUAACUUCACUUGUAGAACACGCUCCUCAUAUACCAUAUAGAGAAAGUAAACUUACACGUUUGUUACAGGACUCACUUGGAGGACGUACUAAGACCUCAAUAAUCGCAACAAUAAGCCCUGCAAUAACUUCUCUUGAAGAAACUUUAUCAACUCUGGAUUAUGCCCACAGAGCCAAAAACAUUGAAAACCGACCAGAAAUCAACGCAAGACUUAAUAAAACCGAUUUGGUAAAGGGUUAUAAUGAGGAGCUAGAACGUUUGCGCCGAGACCUUGAAGCUGCCAGAACAAGGAACGGUAUUUUUGUGAAUGAGGAGAACUACCAGAUGUUGCAGUCUCAGCUCGCCCAACAAAGAAUUCGCAUAUGUGAACUUGAAGAACGGAGAGAAAUCUUGGAAGAAGAAAUUGCUCAAGUUCAGGAGUUGUUCACUGUUACUCAGGAAGAACUCAGUGAAACUCGAAUGCGUAAGGAAGAGGUGGAGAAUGAGUUAAUAGCUUAUGAAAAAGAUUUGGAAAAUUUGCGCGUGCGUUUUUUGAAACUAAAAUCUCGUUAUGAAGAAACAGACUAUCUACGCCAAGAACAUAAGAAAACGGAAUCGCUUCUUCAUGAACAAGCAAGGUCAUUAUUGUCAACAACUGAUUCAGCCAUUAGCGAUGUGAAUGGUUUGCAUCAAAAAUUGGUUCGUUUAUCCGACCUUGAUAAGGAAAACCGUGAACGUCUGGAUACUUUACACAACAGUUGGUUACCUGAGCGUUUAACCCCAAUGGCACGCGACAUCCAUUUACUUGCUACACAGGUGAAGGACUUCUGUCUAUUUGUUCGAGAUAGUACAAGUAAUUUAAAGGGAAAACUCAUGCUGUCUACUUGUAAUGCAGUAAAAUUACAACGGGAGAUGGUACAAAAACUGCGAACUUUUCUAGCCGAUGAAUGCAUCACUGCUGCCAACCAAAUUAACAAGUUUUCUGAAGAACAGGCUAGUGAAGCUAAGACUAGCCGUGAUACUAUACUAGUCCCGCAGUUUGAAUGCCUUCAGAAGCUUGUUACAUCUCUGUCUACUAAUGCAGAAGACCUAGAUCGAUGUUUGAUCAAUCAGUUUGAUGCUUACCAAAUAUCAAAUCAGGAAUUGGAUUAUGUCAUCAAACAAUUAGACAAUUUUGCUUCAUUAUCCUCUGAUUUUGUGCAUAAUGAAAUGAAACAUGACAUGGCCAUACAAAAUCAAAUGGUUUCGUAUAGAACGCAGUAUGGGGAACUGCUUAAUGAAUUGGAAUCAACAACUAACAAGUUGAGAAAAUUGAUGAUAAGCCAUGAUACAAUUUCAGAUGAAUUUUCAUCAAGAUCCUCUCGUCUACAGGAAUUCUCUAAAUCCAGUCAGAGUGAAGUUGAAAAAUUAAAAGUGUCUCUUUCCAGUGAGCAGCAAAAAAUCAUGCAUGAUGUGCGUAAAGCUUACAAUUCUAAUAUUUCGUCGAUUAAUCGUUUGAAAGAAGUUACAUAUACUAUUUCACAUAACCACGAGAAACUAAAAGAAAAAAUGGAAAGUUGCAUGAAUAAUAUAUCCAGAAACGCUGAACAGUUUGCUGCUGAUGGCCUUUGUUCAGAUCUACUGAAAAAAGCUUCAAUUUGGCAGUCGGAUGAUGAAAAUCGUAAUGAUUAUAACUUAUUUGAUCAUACGUCACAAAUGAUACACAUCAUGAGAAAUAACCUAUUUGAUUCCCUUCAAGAACCUAGUCGUGUUCUUCUUGGCUUAGAAGGUGCAGGCAGUGAACAUAGCACUGAGUUCAGUGAGAGUUUUCAGGCGAUUGGGACGAAUUUCUAUGUUAUACCAAAUGAAAUGGAAGAUAUAUUGAAGAGAAAAUACCAUACUUAUGUUCCAACAGGGGAAACACCUCAGUCUCGAACGUUUUCCUACCCCACGGAAUUCGCUAAGACAGCCUCUUAUCGCCGCAUACUCAAGGAGUAUCGUUCCAAUAGAACAAUUGAAGACAUAAAUAAUUUAGCUGCAAUUCCUAUUCCGGAUGGAGAUCUAUCAUUCUCUGUUGAUUGCAAUGAGUCUACAUUUAUUGAUGAUCAGAUAACAACUCUUCAACCUGAGCCUAACAAAGAUGAUUGUAUCUCUGUGUCUACAAAUGGGCCGGACUCUGGUAUUGUUUCUGAUCCUAAUGGUGCAAAAGGAAAGGAUGUUACGGAGCAACUACAAACUUCCGAAAGUUGUGAUGAAAAGCCAACAAAGGUUGAUAAUUCACAUGGAAAAUGUAAAAAGAACUCAAAAGUGUCUAAUAAAAACCAGCGCUCUAAACGUUGA